AGUAGAUAAGUCCCACGCAUAGUUAUUCUAUAACAUACUUUGUUAUUCGAUAAUCGUAAAUAAACCAUUGCAUAGGUAGUGGUUAGCAGUGUUUGGAAAAAAACUUUAUUACUGUGUUUUUUUGCGUGUGUGUUACUCCGAAAUUGGAGAUAUUUUUUAAGGAUUUUUCAGUGAAAAUGGCAUCAGUGAAAUAUCUUUUUAUAAUAGCUAUUGGAGCCGCCAUCUUGGGAGUGGCAAACAGUUUGGGUCUGCUGGGUUCCUGUCCCCCGACGUUAUCUGUGGACGUGUGCGAUGCACAGUGCGGUCCGCAGCACAAGUGUCAGAACAGCACCCAGCUGUGCUGUCCCACCGACUGCGGCGGUGCCAUGUGUGUCGACGCCAUGACUGAACGGCAUUUUGUUAACUUGAUCAAGCCAGGCAACUGUCCGGAGCAUCCCCGUGGUGUGUGGAUCUGCAGCCACAUGUGCACGGGCGACUCGGACUGCCCCCGUGCUCUCAAGUGCUGCACCAACCGCUGCGGGGCUCUGACCUGCCAGAAACCAGAAAUGGACGACCAACCACAACUCUAAAUCUAAAAAAACAUAACAUGCGUUGCUAAAUAAGUCUUUUGCAACAGUUUUCGUUUUUAAUUUCGAGGUAUAUUAAAUUAACAAUCUGAAAAACUCAUUUAUAAAUUGCCAAUCAAAUAAACCGCAAAAUAGCAAUAUUCUGAUAGCUUUAUAUUAUUAUGGAGAGUAGCUGAAUCGUUAUUUUAGAAAUUUGCUCAAAUGAAAUUGUGCCAAUAUUUUCAUCCACAUCAUUGAACUUAUUAUCCAGAGAUAACAUAAAGAGUAACAGCCCAAUAAUAGUUUUAAUCCAAUGUCUUGUUAAUUCAGCGCUGGUAUCAUUAUCAUCACGUUGACAAUUAUUACCGUGAAUAAUUCCCGUAUAAUUGAGGCAACAGCUCAAAACGCUCGCUAUAAUGGCGAGGGUUAACUCACUCGGCCUCAUUAGUUUCAUUUAAGUCUGAAGAAUUUCAUUAUACGCCUUUACUGAAG